CCGUCAAGACACAAUACAUCGUAUACAGACAAAUUUAAAAUUAAUACAAUUGUAUUACAUUUAACCGUCUUAAUAGGGAUUUUAGUGAUAAAACUUGUUAAUACACACUUAAUUUAUAUCAACAUAAACCGGAAGUAGCCAGACAAUUUGAAAUGUAAUUUUCAUCAGUGGAAAAAUCUGUUCGAAGAUCAAACAGUUCAGUCGAGUACACGAUUUGGACCCUAGAGGUGACAGUAAAUACUAAAUCGAAAAAAAAACUUGAAUAGAAUACAAUUAACUUAAAUAACCGUGUCUGUUAGUAUUUUUGCAUUAUAACAACAAUGUACCCGUGUCGAGUCGUACGGAAACGCCUUCUAGCUUUAGUCAGAAGAAACACGUUUUUAAGAAGACUUCUCUACGUGUGUAGUUUUAUUUGUCUUAGUGUAUAUACAAUGUUUCAUUUGUAUUUUGGACCUGGAUAUAUGGUUUACGUACACAAAAAUAUCCAAGCAAGCUGUAUCAUACCGGAAGUGAAUCCGUACGAUAAAGAAAUAAUGAAAUUUUUCUGGAAACCUGAUCCUAUUAUGUGCUCAAAAGCCAGUGAUCUCGUAUACUUUGAUUUCAAUUCUACAUUGCAUUUGAAUAAAACGCGCGCACAAAGUAGCAUCAUUUCAUGCCAGUACCAGGAAGUUAUGAGAAAGACGAACGAUGAUUUUGAUAUCGAACUAGGUCCCGAAGUGUGGUUUAAUAGUUCUGUUGUUGUCCGAACAGAUUUUGUGAAUGUAAAAUGUUUUGUUGGCGGGAAAAUCGUUUACAGUAGACUACAUUAUCAGGUCUAUCGACCACGAGAAAAAGAAAAAAGAAACCCAAAGAGGAAAUACAGUGUUUUGAUCUUCGGAAUGGAUUCAGUGUCUAGACUUGCAGCAAUACGUGAACUUCCGAAGACAAUGUCAUAUUUAGAAAAUAAUCUUGGUGCUUAUGUGUUUAAAGGCUAUACAAAACUAGGUGAUAACACGCUGCCAAAUAUGGCCCCUUUAAUUACAGGACAUUAUGCAUUUUCCAAAGAAUUUCCUGUGGUUGAGCACACAACGUUUGAUAAUCACCCUUUUAUUUGGCAUAACGUUUCUGAACUAGGUGGAACCACAAUGUUUUUGGAAGACUGGCCGCGAAUAUCAACUUUCAAUCUAGGAACCAGUGGUGGAGGUGGGUUCCGAAAACCUCCUACAAAUCACUAUAUGCGACCUUUUUACCUCGCCAUAAACCACAUGCAAAUGUUUGAGUCCCCUGUUAGUGAUGUUUUGCAGUUUUUAGAGGACAAAAACGUGAAGUUAAGCUCAACAUCAUACUUGUGCUACGGGGAGAAAUCAUUGCAUGUCAUUGCUAUAGAUUAUUUUAAAAGAUUUUUACGAGCUUACAAAGAUGACUUAAAAUUCACACUUGUAUGGAACAAUAAACUUAGUCAUAACUAUGUUAAUUUCAUUAAGUUGGCAGACGAUGAUUUAUUAGAUCUAAUGACUUUCCUUAAAACCGAAGGUUUUCUGGACAAUUCAUUUUUGUUCUUUUUAAGUGACCAUGGAUCCCGUGUUGAUAAAAUCAGAAACACUCCGAUUGGAAGACUAGAAGAAAGGCUACCUUUAAUCUCAUUAGUAAUUCCACAACAACUAAAAGAAGCAUAUCCGAAUUUGCAUGAAAAUUUGAAAACAAACAUUAACAGACUAACGUCACCUUUUGAUGCAUACGAAACGAUAGUCGAUAUACUGAACGAAAACUUCAAAUCACAGGAAGUUGCGGUUCCGUAUCCAAGGGGAAUAAGUUUAUUCCGUCCGAUACCGAACGACCGGUCAUGCGCAGAUGCCGGUAUUGAUGAGCACAAUUGUGUCUGUUAUUCCUCUGAUAGCGUUGACGUAAAAAGUCCAAUUGUAGUAAAGUUAGCAGAAUAUGUGACUGCAAACAUAAAUAAACAGAUUCAACAAGAAAAAUGUGCCAAACUGUCACUGAAGAAAAUUCAAUAUGCUAAACGGAUUCAUUCACAACUCAGCUACGAUGCUUCAAAUCAAAAUAAGAAACCUUUGUUAUAUAUGUUUUAUAAACCACAGGAGGAUUUACGAGAGAGAUAUCAAGUUUCCUUUGAUGUUUAUCCUAGUAAUGCUCUGUUUGAGGUUACUAUAGAAAGUUACGGGCAAAAUCAUUUUGCUGUUUUAGGGGAUAUUAGUCGAACGAACACAUACGGUAACCAGUCAGCAUGUAUCACAAAAACAGAACUUAGAAAAUUCUGUUAUUGCGUUUGACAUAAUGUGAUGUCAAUGCAGUUUACAUCAUAUUCAGUCCCAGCUGGAUAAAUUAUCUUUGAACAAGGGCGAACUAAGGAUGCGCUAGACCCUAGAAAGACGGGUAGACCACGUGAAAGUAAAGAAGAAAUGUAUCGUCACCGAGUCAGCAAAACGUUUUUGUCGGACGCGUCAAACAGAAAAUGCGGUUUAAUUUCAACAUAUGAUCACAAAUUAUCACAUUAUGCUUCCGCUAAUAUCCGACAUUUAAGAUACACGGUUCAAAUACUUAAUUUUAGGUUCAUGUGCAAGAAAGAUUUCUUUGAAGAUACUAGUGAUACAUAUAAAUUGAAGCACCAAUCCUUUAUCUUUGUUCGUAAUGAGAGGGGGCAAUGAUUUGUGUCUUAAGACGAUCAAUUGGUAUCGCCUUUAAACAACGACAGAAGUAAUUAUAUCCAAUAUUGAAUAUUUUUUCACUUUUUUUAUAUGGAAAAACGUUUUUUUUUUUCAUUUUCUUUCCAUGGCAAAUUAUCAAUUCGAGAAAUUUAGGAUCAAACCAUAUUCAAAAAACCCAUGCCCCAAUACACAAGAUUCCUUACUUGUUUCAAUAGCUAUCUAUAGAUAUGUUUGAUUUUAAUAUACUAAUAAAUGUUUUUCAAAUCGUGUCACUGUGUGAUAAAAGUACAACUACCUGUGUAUAACAAGGCCAAAUAUAUCCUCCAUGCAGCUUAUCAAUAAAAAGAACAAUACGAACAGAACAGAGAAUGGAAGAGUUUAUUAGUUUCUUGUACACAAACUGUAAUAGACAAAAUGGUAGCGUACGAAAACGUGAGAGAAAUUUGUUGUACUCGAUCAGGGUAUCAGUAAACAUUAUCAAAAUAUAUUUGAGUUUGUUUGUUUGUUUUUACAUAUAUUGAAUUAUACGUACUUUACAUGUGUA